AUGAGUGACGCGGAGCUGAUCGCAGCUCGUGAUGCCGUUGCCUAUGGUUGCAUCAAAUACGCAGAUUUGUCGCAUACUCGUACGCAAGAUUAUGUAUUUUCCUUUGAUCGAAUGCUUGACGAUAAAGGCAACACAGCUGUAUACCUUUUGUAUGCUUACGCAAGGAUUAGGUCUAUUGUACGAACAUCUGGAGUUGAGCCUACGACAAUCGCCGAUUACAUCUCUCGAACGCCAUCCAUCCCAAUUUCGCAUCCUGCGGAACUGAACUUAUCUAAGCAAAUUCUGAAACUAGCGGACUGUGUACUGCAAGUUUUGGAUUCACUGAUGCUGCAUCAGUUAUGUGAUUACUUGUACCAGCUUGCUACAACAUUCCACGAUUUCUAUACUGCAUGCUAUGUCAUCGAGAAGAAAGACGGUGGGUAA